AUGUGCCUAUCAGUAUCGCCGGCCCGGUUCCGCCUCACACAAUUGCUUUCGAUUGGUUUGGCGCUCGCGUCUUUGACCAGUGCGCUUCAGAUUUCCACCAACGUGACCAAUCCGGCAAACAACAUAACACUCCAGAACUCCCGAAGAGAUUGCACCAGACGGCCCCUCACCGUCGCGCUAUGGCAAGAACUGGAUUUAGACGAAUAUAUGAGGGAUUACACGGGCGGAAAAACCCUAAGGUUGCAGGCAUAUGCAGAUGAAGUUAAUGUCACAAAUUUUAUGUGCGGGAUCGGGCAGACUUGUGAUGCCGGUCAACUUUGCAGUAGCGCGAUGGCACCCGAUUGGUACGUUCUUGUAGCUACUCAAAAUUGGAACAAAGUUAUGAACAUGCUGUACACAUCCCUAUCGUUUGGAAUCGGUGCUAUGCAAGAGAUGUUCACGAAUUGCACUUCUUUUUUUUCCUGUCACACAGACAUCGCCCCUACAAUGAUCAACGAUUUGUCGCCCCCUUCCAGUCCCACGCCAAUCGCGUCGGCUACAUGGCUGGCUCUUGUCGCCUCGUUCUCAGGGGCUCUUCCAGGGAUGAUUUUUCCUGGGAUGUGGGUUUGGAUUUGGGUAUUCUUGCAAGGUUUACUAUAUACCACUGCCUCAGAAAUGUGGUUCUGGCAAAAUGUGAUCAGAGCUCCACCAGAUGUGAGAAGUGGGUACACAAGGUGGAUAGAGUUCGCCUGGAUGUUGUCAAAACUUGAAGAUAGUUCUCAAGAAAAGCUGAGUAAUUAUACAAAGGGCGUCCUUCAGGCUGGUAUCAGUACAGAGGAAGGGAUGUACGGCGUUCUCAAAAAUGGAGUCUUUCUUCAAAAAACGAUCGAAAAGACUCAAUAUAACCUCCAAGCUUCUUUUGAGGCAGUAAUCAAAUUAAGGCUUCUCGCAGCUAUUCUGAAAGCUCAGAGUAUUUUCAUUAUUCGAAAUAGUGAUCCAUGUACGCAAUCAGGACCACACGGGGAAUUUCAAGGAAGGGGAGUGCUAUCCUACUGCGGUCCCGAUAAUGUGAUGAUGAACAUAGUGAAAGCCAAAGGGACCAAGACGCGCAGGAAGAUUUAUGGGGCCUCACUGAUUGAGUCCAAGUAUGGCUUCACAGUUGAGUUCUUAACAAAUGCGGCAUGGAAAUGCCAAACAAAAUAUGGAGGUUACGAGCACGACCCUUACACCAAUAGCACACUUCCCACGGACAUAAAUGCGGAUUGCCUCUUCAACUUACCAGUAUGUGACUGUGGCUCGCCAGGUAUUGCCCAGUACAAGCCCCAGGAUGCUACUACGAAUCCCUCAUUAAUCCUUGCAGCCGUCAAGAAACCGGCCUAUGCCAAGUUGGUUGAUGUUGCCGUCCAAUAUGGAAAGUCUCAAGGAGAGUCAUUAGAUAACCAAGUCAAUGCUACACCCAAUGAAUCACGGGUGCAGUAG